UUUUGCUGUACUUUGGAACAAAUAAAUGCAGGCUUGGUGAGCAAAAGAAAAAAAAUUACUGUUCAAAAAGUUUUGACUGGUAAUGUAGGUACACUGUAAGUACACGUACUGUAAAAUAAAGUGCAACCAAUAUUAUGAUGCUUUUUGUAGAAACCAUGACACAUCUCUUUCAGGAUGAGUAGGAAAUUUGAAGGAAUCUUUUGUAACAUUAAGUUUUUACCAUCACUUUUAAUCAAUUUAAUGUGUCCAUGCUGAAUACAAGUAUUAAUUUCUUUAAAAACAAAAAAGGAACUUUUAAAAAUAGCAUUUUUGUUAUUGCUUACAAAUACAAGUAUUGUGGUGGUGGUAUUAUCACUUAUAAAAAAAAAAGUAUCAUGCAACUACUAGGGUUUUGUACAGUGUUUCACGUAUUAUUACAAAGCUAUAAGACAUACUAUGGUGUAUUUCAAAGUACCACAUGAUAACACAGUCGUGCACCAUGCUAUUUACCGUACAUGGUACUCAAAGUAUAUGUAGUACAAGUCUCUGACCAAUGACAAUGGUGCUAUGUGGAAACAACGGUAAUACCAUGGUACUUUUUGGUUAGUGCAAAACAAGUCCGCCCAAUUUACAGCAAUCCCACGUCCUAGACUGUUUGAUGCACAACGUGAAUUUCUGUACAAGUCAAACACAGCUUCGCAUUACUCAAAAGAGCUUCAGGAAACGCAACACAUCACAAGGACAUAUGCAGCUUCACCCACACGCUUUAUUAUAACCCCUGCUAUUCUCACAUCCGGGAUAUGAAACAUGAGCAAAGACGUGGAAUGUUACAUUUUUUUCCCUCUCUCACAGGCGCCGUAAUGAUGGAGUAAAAAGCAUCAUGAUUGGUGGAUGCGGCGAGAAGAAACAUAAAACCCACAGCGUAGCUUUUGCACUCCGGACGCGACGCGACAAACGCGGAUGAAUCCAGCGCGGGCUUUCGGUCAUCGGCGAAGAACUGAAACAGAAAAACCUCUUGAAUUGCAGCAAAAACAUCCACAUCCACACAAGGGGCUAAAAGUACACAAUGGUCGCUGGCGAUAUGUGUCUCUCAGACAAGCUUAGCGCAGCGUCGCUUGCGUGACAGCUCGCCGGCCAAUAGGAAGCUCCAGCGGCCCAGCUGCGCUCAGACGCGUCCAAUGGCGAACGGCAGAAUACGGGCCUAAACGCAAGUUAGGCUGUUGUUGCAGGCGGCCAGCGCUAAACUUCACCAAAUAAUAGCUGUUUGUAUUUUGGCUGCCGCAGUAGCCAUUUUAGACGCAGACACAAAGAUCAAGAAAAAAUGAAAAUACAAAAGAAGGACAAGCAGAUGUCUGCCGCUCAUGUACUAAAGCACACUCCAUCCGCUGCUGCCUCGAAUGCCUCUGACCAAAACGCACAAACUACAUUUCCCAUCGGCCACUUGGGCAAAGAACAGUUACGGAUCAUCGGAGGGCCGCCCAAUCACUGCAUGGCUCACCCAAAGCACUCUGGGUUACGGGAGGCGGGGUCUGCGGCCAGCAGUCACAGUCUCCGCCCUUUAUCAAUCAACAGCGAGGAGGACGAUGGAGGGGGCGGGACCAGGGUGAAGAAGAAACGAAGGAAAAAAGACAAGAAGGAGUCAGAGUGGCACAAAGGUGAAGAGAGCAAUGCUAAACCAAAGAGAAGGGAGCAAAAGGAAGGGAAAGAGCUUCUUCCCAGAAAGUCAAAAGCGGUGAAGGAACAAAAGGUGCAUAAGAAGAGGGAGACGAAAGCCCAAAAAGAGGUCAAAAAAGUCAAGAAAGGUCAAGAUGUGAAAGCGAAAACACAGGCCAAGAACACUGCAACACAUCCACCCUCCAAACGAGGGAGGAAGCCAAAAGAGCAGGGUGCCAUGCCUCCAGAGAAGAAGAAGAAGGGAAAGAGGAAAAGUGAUGCUGUACUUGAGAUGGUGGAGAGCGAUGACACGACCUCUCUCAGCACGCUCGCCACCGGCGAGGAAAGCAUCGACCCUAUGGAUAACACUAAGAGGCGAUCAGGGCGUCAAGUGAAGCGACGGAAGUAUAACGAAGAUCUUGAUUUCAAGGUCGUGGAUGACGACGGGGAGACCAUCGCCGUGUUGGGCACGGGCCGGAUUGCCGCCAUGUCUUCCUCUACCCUCGCCUGGCAGGCUGAGGAACCCCCUGAGGAUGAGGCUAAUAUCAUUGAGAAAAUACUCGCAGUACGAACGGUCAAGAAAGAGACAUCCCCUGACGAACCACCAGAAGACAUGGAGGAGUUUUACGUCAAGUACAGAAAUUUCUCCUAUCUGCACUGUAAAUGGGCGACCUUGGAGGAACUGGAGAAGGACCCACGCAUUCACCAAAAAAUCAAGCGCUUCAGAAACAAGCAGGCGCAAAUGAAGCACAUUUUCACAGAGCCGGAUGAAGACCUGUUUAAUCCAGAUUAUAUUGAGGUCGAUCGGGUUUUAGAGAUUGCUAUCACCACAGAUACAGAAACGGGAGAGGAAGUUACACACUACCUGGUGAAAUGGUGCUCUUUGUCAUAUGAAGAGAGCACUUGGGAGCUUCAGGAAGAUGUUGACCCUGUGAAAAUCAGGGAGUUUGAAGACCUCAAGCAAAUUCCAGAAAUCAAGCAUGUGGAAAGGCCUCUCCCCGAACAGUGGCAAAAACUGGAGAAGUCCAGAGAAUACAGGAAUGGGAACCAGCUGCGAGAAUACCAGUUAGAGGGAAUGAAUUGGCUCCUUUUCAACUGGUACAACAGGAAGAACUGUAUUCUGGCUGAUGAGAUGGGACUGGGAAAGACCAUCCAAUCCAUCACAUUCCUCUAUGAGAUUUUCCUUAUGGGUCUGAGGGGACCUUUCCUUAUCAUCGCCCCGCUGUCCACCAUCACCAACUGGGAGAGAGAGUUCCGCACAUGGACUGAAAUGAACGUCAUCGUCUAUCACGGCAGCCAGAUCAGUCGACAGAUGAUCCUGCAAUAUGAGAUGUACCAUCGAGAUGAACAGGGAAACAUCGUGUCUGGUCAGUUUAAGUUUCAUGGCAUCAUCACUACAUUUGAAAUGAUAAUGGCUGACUGUCCAGAGCUGAAGAAGCUUAACUGGCGCUGUGUGGUGAUCGACGAGGCCCAUCGCCUGAAAAAUCGCAACUGUAAACUGCUGGAGGGACUCAAACUCAUGAACCUGGAACAUAAAGUUCUUCUCACAGGAACCCCUUUGCAGAACUCGGUCGAGGAACUCUUCAGUCUGCUUAACUUUCUCGAACCCUCACAGUUUCCUUCUGAGACUACUUUCCUGGAGGAGUUUGGAGACCUGAAGACGGAAGAACAGGUAAAGAAACUGCAAGCCAUUCUGAAGCCCAUGAUGUUGAGGAGAUUGAAGGAUGAUGUGGAGAAGAAUCUGGCCCCUAAAGAGGAGACAAUCAUUGAGGUGGAGCUCACUAACAUUCAGAAGAAAUACUACCGUGCAAUUCUGGAGAAAAACUUUGCCUUCCUUGCCAAGGGAGCAAACCAGCACAACAUGCCCAACCUCAUUAACACAAUGAUGGAGCUUCGCAAGUGCUGCAAUCACCCAUACCUCAUUACAGGUGCUGAAGAAAAGAUCCUUGAGAGCUUCAAGAAAACCUACAGUUCUGAGGCUGCAGAUUUUCAGCUGCAGGCAAUGAUUCAGGCUGCUGGUAAACUAGUGCUUAUUGACAAGUUGCUGCCCAAACUGCUGGCCGGAGGACAUAAAGUGCUGGUGUUUUCCCAGAUGGUCCGGUGCCUGGAUAUACUGGAGGACUACCUCAUUCAGAGGAGGUAUACGUACGAGCGCAUUGAUGGGAGAGUUCGAGGGAAUCUACGACAGGCUGCCAUCGAUCGCUUCAGUAAGGUGGACUCUGACCGCUUCGUGUUCCUCCUCUGUACACGAGCAGGAGGUCUGGGCAUCAACCUCACCGCCGCCGACACCUGCAUUAUAUUCGACUCAGACUGGAACCCGCAGAACGACUUGCAGGCUCAAGCGCGCUGCCACCGGAUCGGUCAAAGCAAAGCGGUGAAAGUAUAUCGCCUUAUUACACGAAACUCAUACGAGAGGGAGAUGUUUGACAAGGCCAGUUUGAAACUGGGAUUGGACAAGGCUGUUCUGCAGGACAUCAACCGCAAAGGCAGUCUCAACGGGGUUCAGCAGCUGUCUAAGAUGGAGGUGGAAGAUCUUCUCAGGAAGGGAGCGUACGGGGCGCUUAUGGACGAGGAAGAUGAGGGCUCAAAAUUUUGUGAGGAGGAUAUUGAUCAGAUCCUGCAGCGACGCACACAGACCAUCACAAUUCAGUCUGAGGGGAAGGGAUCAACUUUUGCCAAGGCUAGCUUUGUGUCUUCAGGGAACCGUACAGACAUCUCUCUGGACGAUCCAAACUUUUGGCAGAAGUGGGCCAAAAUUGCUGAACUGGAAAUUGACUCCAAGGCAGAAAAGGAGAGUCUGGUGAUCGACACCCCUCGCGUACGGAAGCAGACGCGUCACUACAACUCUUUUGAGGACGAUGAACUGAUGGAGUUCUCCGAACUGGACAGCGACUCAGAGGAACGACCCUGUCGCACAAGACGUCUCAGCGAUCGCAACAGACGCUACCUCCGAGCGGAGUGCUUCAGAGUGGAGAAGAACCUUCUCAUUUUCGGGUGGGGUCGCUGGAAGGAUAUUCUCAAUCAUGGGCGUUUUAAAUGGCACCUGACGGAGAGAGACAUGGAGGUGCUGUGCAGAGCUCUUCUGGUCUACUGUGUUCGCCAUUAUAAGGGCGACGACAAAAUUAAGAGCUUCAUCUGGGAUCUGAUCACACCCACUAAAGACGGACACAAUCAAGCACUACAAAACCACUCAGGUCUGUCUGCUCCUGUCCCGCGGGGUCGUAAAGGCAAGAAGCUGAAGAACCAGUUGAGUCCACCUGAGCUGAAGAAUGCAGACUGGCUGGCCCACUGUAACCCAGAGGUUGUGCUUCAAGAUGACAGCUACAAGAAACACCUCAAACAGCACUGCAACAAGGUGUUACUGAGGGUUCGGAUGCUGUACUAUCUGAAGGUCGAAGUGCUGGGGGAGGCUGCUAAUCAGUCUCUUGAAGGGAUCCCAGCCAGUAAACUGGAGGUAACACUCCCUGAUAUCGACUAUAUUGAGAUCCCUACUAUAUGGUGGGAUGCUGAAGCGGAUAAAUCGCUGCUUAUUGGAGUUCACAAACAUGGGUAUGAGCGGUAUAACGCCAUGCGUGCAGACCCUGCUCUGUGUUUCCUGGAGCGAGUGGGUAUGCCCGAUGUCACUGCAUUGACGGUAGAACAAGGGGGAGUUGAAACUGCUUCAGAUGCACCUGAUAGUAUCAGCAAGAGUGAUGAAAUCAAAGAGGAGAGCGAUGUGAAGUCUGAGGACUUAGAAGAGAAAAUAGAUAUCAAGGAGGAACCCAUGUCAGAGGAAACAGGGAAAAAUGACAAUACAGUGACAGGGGGAUUUAUAGGAUCUCUCGCAGGAGACCUUGUUGCAGAAGUGAUGGAGCAGGGACGGAUACAGUGGCCGGCAGGCUCGUCUCUCACAGCACGUCUACGGCGCCUCAUUACUGCCUAUCAGCGUUAUACGCGCCGUGAGCCACUUCGGCAUGAUUUCCUCUUACACGAGGGAAUUGCACCUGUGGCCUGGCAAAUAGGAGAGUUUAGGCAUUGCACUACUGAGCCUGACCCACUCUUUUUGGAGUGGCAACGAAGGUGGACACGUCGAGAGCAGGCUGACUUCUAUCGCACAGUGUCCUCGUUUGGAGUAGUGUAUGAUCCAGAGAAGAAGACCUUUGACUGGAACCAGUUCCGUGCCCUUGCUCGAUUGGAGAGGAAGACGGAUGAAAGCUUAGAGAGAUAUUUCCACAGCUUUGUUUCAAUGUGUCGAACUGCAUGUAGACUGCCGCCCAGAAAAGAUGAAGGUAGCGUGGAUCCUUCACUGUUUGUGGAGCCUAUUACAGAAGAACGAGCUGCUCGAACAUUAUAUCGUAUCGAGCUUUUGAGAAAGGUGCGUGAGCAAGUAUUGCGCCAUCCGCUUCUGGGAGCACGGCUGCAGCUUUGUCGCCCAAGUCUGUACUUGCCCGUCUGGUGGGAAUGUGGCAAACAUGACCGUGAUCUUCUUAUUGGGGUUGCCAAGCAUGGCUUAAGUCGAACUGAUUUCUACAUCCUCAAUGACCCCCAAUUAUCCUUCCUGGAGGCCCACCGGAACUAUGUUCAUAAAGAAAACCACAGAUAUCCGGUCCCAGGGUUGCCCCACCACCAUUGCUGCUUGUAUGAUGCCAGCCUUGGGCAUUGUCAUUCCCCACAACCUCCAGAAUAUCACCCCUCACCUUCACACCACACGCCAACACAACUUGUCCAUACUCAUGGGCAUCACCAGUCCACAGAAGUGGUGGCAUCAGAGUCUGGAAGUUCCCUUGGGAUAGUUACAGGAAACAGGGAGGGAUAUUUGGAUUGCCCUCCACUGGAUGACUCUCUGGAGUUGGGGUCUUUACAACAUGAAGGGUUGACGUCAGAUACACUACAUGGCAAGUCUGGUAAAGAGGCCUUCAAUGGAUUCCCCUUCAAUUCUGCAACCGGUGGACAGAAUAUGCUAAAUUCAUACGGUGUGCAAGGGGAGCUAAAUGGGUCUCAAGGAGACAUGGCGGACUCCAUAGCUGGGAAACUUCGCAGCGAUGUUCUAGUGGGAGAGCAAGGCUCCUCAGAGGAGACUGGCUUAAUGGCUCCUUCUGUGGAACUUGAUGAACUUCAAACUCCUUGGGAAAGCUCAGACCAUGCUGAAACCUCUGACAUGUUCAACGAGACUGAUCCCAUCUUGGGAGCGCAAACUUUGGAGCCCAGCUUUCUCGAUGCUCCUCAACCUGAAGAUGGACGGGAGGGUGAUGAAACGCUCACAGACUGUUUGAGCAUGCCUAGUUCAGACUCUCAAAGCAACCCUGUCGAACCACUGGCGCCAAGCUUUAUGUUAUUCAAAGACCUUAACGUUGGAGAGACUUCUGUGGAUCAGACAGAUCUAUCAGCCAGUCUUCCAGAAUAUGUUCCACCACCACCUCUCGGACUCCCGGAUGUGAGUCUUGACCAGACAGAUCCCAUUAGCGAGGAGCAAGAGGACAAGCUUAGUGAUUCCAACAUCACACAUGGCGUUCCCAGUCCAGAAGAAGGAGCUGAAAGCGUAGGCUUUCAUUUUGAGAAGGAAGACCUUUCUCCAGACAGUCCAAAGACAAAGGAUACUCAAGAUGAGAUUGACAAGAUGCCUUCAAUAGAGUCUCCAAGAAACAAUUGUCUCGAGGAAUCCCAGAAAGUGGAGUGCAAGGUGCAAUUUGACGAUUCCAAUGGAGAUCCUUGUGAAGUGGCCUUGGAAGAACCUUACGAAAAGCCUCUAACAGAGCCGGAAAAAGUGCCUUUAGAGGAGGCUUAUGAUUUGACUUGUGACGAAACCUUGCAGGAGCCUUGCGAAGGGUUUCAGCAAGACACAGAGGAACAGCAAUUGGUGGAAGAACCCUCCAAGGAACCGUCAGAGCCAAUGGAAGAGUGCAAUUUAACUAACACUACCCUCUCAACAGAUUACCCUAUGCCUUCUUCACUCCCAUCAUCUCCAACUACCUUACCUGACACCUCUGCAUCCCCGGGUCUUGACACAGUCCCAAAACAAGAUUUUCUUGUAGAUCCAGUGGUGUCAGAAGUGAAACCUGAGCCAGAUAGCACUACGCAGACCCCUCACCUUGAGCAGACUGAGGUUUUGGAAGUAAAGGACAAGAUAAAAGAUGAAGGUGCAAAGGCACCAGCGUUAUUGGGAGAUGUUGAUGGACCACGUUUUGCAUUGCCUAUAUGUGAGAUAGCAGACAGUGUCCAUGAAAUAAGGGAGCCAACCAUUGCUCAGCUUCUACAAGAGAAAGCACUCUUUUCCUUCUCAGAGUGGCCUAAGGACAGAGUGAUCAUCAACCGCAUUGACAGUAUCUGCCACACUAUCUUAAAGGGGAAGUGGCCUUCCUCUAGUCAACAGUUUGAGUCUCCCACCUCAUUGGCUAACACCUGUGUGCCCAGCAGUGCCCAGCAGAGGGCAGGAUUUCUGCCUACCAGAAUGCCUAUAUCUCAGAGCCUUAACUUCAACCUCCCACACACAGUAUCCCACUUACCAAAGGAGCGGUUAGUGGCCCCGGCGUUUCUCCCUGAGCUCAAACGUCCUAGACGUGGGUUUGAAUUCGAGGCAGAAGUCCUUGCCAAACCAAGCCAUCUUGGUGAAAAGAUCCAAGUUGGCGUGCCUCAUCGUGCUAACGCUCUUCUCCUUAAUGGCUGGCAGGACGCCGCUAUUGACCUCUCCAAACCAACAGAGCUAACAGUUGGUGGCGACAGUGGGCCAAUCGGUCAGAUGAGCCACACUGUCCAGUCAGCGCCCCAUAAAAUAACUGGGAUAGGCUCCAUACAAAGCUCACUGGGAUUGGAUAUGGCUGGGAUUUUGCAGGCUGGCCUGAUUCACCCUGUCACGGGGCAAAUUGUCAACGGCGGUCUUCGUCGUGAUGAUUCAAUGUUGAGACGGAGAAGAGGACGAAGAAGAAAUGUGGAGACUCCUGAUCUCAGCUUUAUUAAGGGACGAAGUGUGAACUUGCCUGAACAACAGAGCGGGUCUGAGAGUAUCAGCCACCCUGUUGUGUCCUCCACAUCCUCCCAGUCCGAAGGCCCUCCAGCCACCCCGACUACACUUUCGUCUCACCCUCCGUCAGCCUCUCCAGCUCCUCCUCCAGUCGCAGAAACCCUGAAUGUGAGCAUGGACAGGGAAACGGCAAAUAAAGGCCUAAUGGAAUGGCUCCGACAAAACCCCAACUACAACAUGGAGCUGUCUGCUUUCCCGUCUCAGAAUGCAAGCAUGUUGCACAGUUUCUUGGAGCGUCCAAAGCAGAGAAGGCAUCGCUGCAAAGACCCAUCCAAGCUCGACAUCAACUCUUUAACUGGGGAGGAGAGAGUCCCAGUAGUGCACAGAAACACAGGCCGCAGGCUUGGUGGCGCUAUGGCUCCAGCCAUUAAAGAGCUCUCCCGAUGGCUGGAUGCAAACUCAGAAUACUCUGUGGCUCCUGAUUGGGCAGAUGUGGUGAAGCACUCGGGUUUCCUCCCAGAGGGCAAAUUCACACGCAUCCUCUCUGCACCCGUGUGUCGGGAUCCCGGCCCACGUAGGAGAGGCAGACGACCCCGCACCGAGAUGCCCAAAGCCCCCGAGCUCCCCGCUGGCAUGGGUCCGCUCUUCAUGAAUGGUGGGCUCAUUGGCAGCAUGGAUCUGGUUAGCUUACCCAAUCUCCGCAACGUCCCUGGCAUCCCGCUAACCGGUAUCAUGGGCUUUCCUCACGGUUUUGCAACCGCCGUACCGUCAGGAGAAGAUGGCAAGAAUGGCCUCAGCAUGCUGCCCAUGAUGCUUCACAGCAUGGCGGCCGUACAGCCGCCCAUGUACAGCGCUCACAUGAGUGGAAUGAUGACUCAACCGCUGUCCACCGCGACGUCCACGACGUCCACUGCAACCGCGUCCUCCACAACAGCGAGCGUGACUUCUACGAACUCUGCAACCGUAACCUCAACCUCCAGCCCGGCCGAUAGUUCGGAUUCUGCGCCUCAGCGUGAAAACGCAAGCUCUCCGAUGAGCACAGAGAACGGGAAUAAGGAGGACGCAAAGCAAGCAGGGGAAGAGAAGAAAGUGUCCGCUUCGGUGUCUACAGCUGCGGCCACUAGCAGCAGUAGUAGUAGCAUCACAAGCACCGGCAGCCAUUUGACCUUUAACCCCUUUCUUAUCCCGGGAAUGUCGCAUAGUCUGUUGUAUCCGCAUAUGUUCUUGCCACCGGGCAGUAUAAUGGCUCUACCCGCUAUGCCCGCAGCAGACAGCACGGGCAGCCCCAAGAGGAAGAGGAAGAAGGUUAGGGAGGAAGGACCAGAGGAGGGAAGCACCAAUGUUGGUGUGCAUAUAGAUGGUGUGGAAUCAAAAGACGAACAGACACCCGAACAAAAGAGCCAAGAGGGCGGGAUGGAAGAAGGCAGACCUGAGGUAAAUUUAGCUCAGGUUAAAGAUCCUUCUGACCCUAUAAAAGAUCCUUCCAAGGAUAGAAGUACUGAGGAAAAGGACAAAAACGAGUUAGGAGAGGAACCUGAGCUAAACACUCAAGGCUCAUGUGACGGUGAAGACUAGAAUGCAUCCUCACGUUUGGGCCGCAGUACUUUUGUUUGUGUCGUGUCGGUAAAAGUUUGUGUAUAGAACUUUGAUUAUCAGCGUAUUGUUUAUAGAUUUGCCCUUGUAAUUUCACUGACAUCUACUCUGGCUUCUGGGUGUGUGCUAAAGAAUAGACACUUGAAGCAUGCAAACACUCAGAGGUCUCGAAUCCUAAAAAAGGGACAUUGUCAUUGGUGUUAGCGUGUUCCUUUUGCAUCAUGGGAAUGGAUACUCAGACGAUUCUGUCUAUUGACGGAGAACGCUCUUAGUGACCCCAGCGUUUUUUCCCCUUCGAUUAGGUGGUAUUCACUAGCAUCUUUCACAGAUUCUCAGAAAGCGGUAGGAUGUUGGUAUUGUGCAAAAAAAAACAGACGGCGGUCUCACUUCAUAAUGGUGUUUCGGAUCACGCUCUUAUAGCUGCAUAAGACCUAGGUUCGUGUUUUGAAACAUAAUGUAAAGAAAACACUCAUCCCAUUGGUAGAUUACCAGCAGAGCUGCAUCCGAUGGACCACAGUAUUUUGUUCUUAGUUGCUUGCUGCUAUGUAUUCAUUUUAGUGAAGAUUUUAACCUAAAUCUCUUACAAAGCUAUAGGUGGCAUGAGUGCAACAUGGUGAGUGCAAUGGAAACUCAAAAAGAGCAAGGCUUGAAAUUGAUGGCAAAGAACAAUCCUGAGAUUGAUUUAUCUUUUGUUUUGUUUGUCUUGUUGUUUUGAUGUCAUUUCCACGUGAUAAAUGCCCCCGUUGGGAUACUGCUAGUCAUUUAUAGAGAUGGCUGUAUACAGUUGAGGUUAAAAACUUACAUCCCCCUUUCAGAAUCUGCAAAAUGUUAAUUAUUUUACCAAAAUAAGAGGAAUCAUACAAAAUGCAUGUUAUUUUUUAUUUAGUACUGACCUGAAUAAGAUAUCUCGCAUAAAAGAUGUUUACAUAUAGUCCACAAGAGAAAAUAAUAGUUGAAUUUAUAAAUUGACCCUGUUCAAAAGUUUGUUUUUGUUUAGUGAUAGUUCAUGAGUCCUUUGUUUGUCCUGAACAGUUAAACUGCCUACUGUUCUUCAGAGAAAAAGCCUUCAGGUCCCACAAAUUCUUUGGUUUUCCAGCAUUUUUGUGUAUUUGAACCCUUUUCGACAAUGUAUGAUUUUGAGAUCCAUCUUUUCACACUGAGGACAACUGAGGGACUCAUAUGCAACUAUUACAAAUGGUUCAAAUGCUCACUGAUGCUCUAGAAGGAAAAACCAUGCAUUAAGAGCCGGGGGUGAAAAAUUUUGGAAUUUGAAGAUCAAGGUAAAUUUAGCUUAUUUUGUCUCCUAGGAAACAUGUAAGUAUUUUCUGUAGCCUCUAAGGGGCAGUACUACAUGAAAAAUAAGAUAUUUAGGCAAAAUAAGAAAAAUCUCCAUUCUGUUCAAAAGUUUUCACCCUCUUAAUUUUUUUUUUUCCUUUUGGAGCAUCGGUGAGCAUUUAAACCUUCUGUAAUAGUUGCAUAUGAGUCCCUCAGUUGUCCUUAGUCUUAACAAAUGGAUCUCAAAAUCAUACAGUUAUUGUUAGAAAGGAUUCAAAUACACAAAAAUGCUGGAAAACCAAAGAAUUUGUGGGACCUGAAGGGUUUUUCUGAAAAACAGUGGGCAUGUUCAGGAUAAACAAGGGACUCAUGAACAACUAUCACUAAACAAAUUAAAAAAAAAACAACAAAAAAACAGCUGUGGAUCAUUCAGGUAACAACACCGUAUUAAGAAUCAAGGGAUGUAUACUUCUAAACGGGGUCAUUUUUAUAAAUGUAACUAUUAUUUUCUCUUGUGGACUAUAUGUAAACAUUUUCUGUGAAAUAUAUUAUUCAGGUCAGUACUAAAUACACAUAAACAUGCAUUUUGUAUGAUCCCUCUUAUUUUGGUAAAAUAAUUUACAUUUUGCAGAUUCUGAAAGGGGGAUGUAAACUUUUGACCUCAACUGUAUAUACUUAGGGGUGUUGUAAGAGCGAUACGAAAUAAGUCUGAUGCAAAGCAGAUGGUUAAAAAAAUGGCAAGAACUGUGUUUUUUAGUUAAUCUAAAGGGAUAAUUCACCACAAAAUUAAAGUUCUGUCAUCAUUUCACACGUCAUGUCAUUCAAACCUGUUUGAAUUUCUUCUGUGGAGCACAAAAGCAGUAUGCUUACAAUAAGAACUGGCUGUCAAGCCUCAAAUAUGAUCAUUAAACUACUCCAUAUGACUACUUUUCCUCAUGCAAAGCUACCUUGUGUCUUUAAAAGACUUGGAAUAUAGUGCAUAAUUCAUCUGGGCUACUUUUACAGUGCAUUCAUUUUUGCUUUUGUAUCCCACCGAAGCAAAGCAAGUAAUACAGGUUUGGAACAACAUAAGGGUGAAUAAUUAUGCCAGAAAGUUAUCCUUUGGUGAAAUACUCCUUCACCCAAAAUAAGAUGCUCAAAUAUCUUUGCAAAUCCCCAUUUUUUUGCCUUCACUAAAGCCCUUUGGUUGAUGUGGUUGACAGGAAGACGUCAGAGCGUCUCGUUCUCCUCAUGAGUUACAUUGCUCUUAUUUUCUCUGGUGCAUUUGAAAAUACUGUAGAGUAAAACCUACCGAGAUUUUUGAAAACAUGUAAAUCUAUCUAGCUGUAUAUUGCUGUUACUUUUGUUUACAAGCACACAGUUAUUUUUGUCCUCGCCGGUAUGUCUCAUAUUGGGAGGAUGUGUAAAAAAAAAAAAUCGGCACUAGUGUUUCUUUUAUUUGAAAUACUUUACACUAGUUGAUAACCAGAGCUAAUUUAACUCAUUUUCUUCUCCCCCAGUCUCAACAGGGUCUCUCUUUUGUGGGAGUAUUCAUUUUCCACCUUCUCAUCUUACUUGUUUUUGUUUUCAGAUGUGAAAACGUUUUUGCACAGUCUUUUUGGUGAAUGUUUACCUGUAAUUGUGUUCCGUCUUGUUUGUUUAUGUGUGUUCGUGUGGACGCAUGCGCACGCUUGCACAUGUCACUUCCUGUACAUUUUGACUUAUGUAAACCUGUACUGUAAAUCUUGUCUAAACAAACAAACAAACGAAAAAAAAUCAUGGUCACCUUCAGAAAAAAAAAAACAUGCUGUUGUUGCCUUGUCACAUUAUUUGUGACACCAUGAUGUAAUUUAUUUUGCUUUUAUUUCUCUUUGCCAAAUUCACCAAAUACGACAUUUCCCCUUUCUCAUCACGUGUUUUAUUAUGUUCACUUUGCAAUGCCUUAUUUAGCGGUUUAUAUAUGGAUGUUUGUUACAUCUUUAUGUUGGAAAAUAUAUAUCAAAGUACUUGUGUACAGUGUCAACGUUUUGGGAAGCAGUCUCGGUCAUACUAGUUAAAAUCCAGUUGUACAGAUACUGGCCUUCUUGUGCAUUUUUUUUUGUCUAAAACUACAUCAUAAAACUCUAUCAACUCAUUCAGAGCAGUAUUGCAAAGCACAAAGUCUUCUUGACUUUCAAAAAUGUCUCGUUGUUAGUCUGAAAGCGUACCUCAGAUCUAUUGUCCCUACACUGCUUUCUCAGAAACAUCUGGUGAACAAAAACUCACAGACCUCGUCUAGACGUCUGGCUGAUUAUGUUAUCCUCGCUUUUGAUGUUCGUAACUCCAUUAAAGGCCUUCAACAUUUCAGGAGAAGCACAGCCAAUAUAUGUACGACUGGAGAAUUCAGACUGUUAGACUGAGAAUGCUGCGUUGCUGGUUGUAAGUGUAUUGAUUUUAUAAAUGUACUGUUUGUUGGAAAUGUACAGUUUGAAAACGCAACAAUGUUGUUGGAAAAACACUCCAGUUUAAUUCAGUUUGCAUCACGGUGUUUGAAAAGAAAGUCUCCCCGGUGCAGUAUCUGGGUUCAUGUAGAGAUCAACGAAUAUAUGUUCAAUUCUACAUCCUAGUAACACUCCAGAUACCUAUUUUUGUCUUUCUCCCUAGCUGAAACGGUUUGGUAGUUCAUCCAAAAGUCUGAUCGAUUUCAAUUUUUACCUGUAUUUAUUGUUUUACUGUCUCAGCGUUGUCUCCCUGUGUAUUGCAACAUGUACAUAAACUUGCUGUCUCCAGGUUUUGGAUGUUUUCCUAUAUGGGAUGUCUACACUGCUCCAUUUUACUUUUCAUAAAAGCAGAACUGUUCUGAACACGGUAAUGUUGACUGUAUCUGUGUGUAUAAAUACGUCUCUGGAUAGUUGCUCCCAAAAGCCUUCCCACUGGCCCCCUACCUCCGUUUUUCAUCAAAGGGAGAUCAUCGUAGUAGCUUUGCAUAGUGCAUUUCCAAUGCAAAAUGAAAAUUGGGAAAUUUGUGGUACCACAUUGCCAGUGUCAUUUUGAUCAGACUCUGUCAGCAUUCAAUAUUUCCGACGCUUUCAAAUAUGCACGUAGUAGGAGACUGGAUUUUGCUUUGCCAGUGUCAGUGUUUGCAUGUCAGGACCUGCUAAAAAGACCCAGUCACAACAUCUGAGGCAGAGCAACAUCCCAUACUAUGGAGUGUUAUAUAUGGAGUGUAUAACAGCUGCUUAGCCAAACAGAAUAAAAUCCGGACUCAAGUCCUUAGUGUUCAUGGCACAUCAGUGCAUCACGUACCACGCAGAACUGCGCUUACGUCUCUAUUGAGCCUACGCUGGAGGUUCUGUUCUUUAAGAUCUUGUAGAAUAACAUUGAAUCAAUUUGAUACAACUAACAAUGGUCAGUGUUCAUGACAAGGAAGUACUGUAAGUUCGUAGUUACAUUGAAGCAAGUGCACUAUAUUGGGAUGAUUACUCGACAAAAAGUGAACUUAUACUCUUGGUAUGAAAUCUGCAACAAUGCUGAGAGUCGUGGGUGUUUUUAUUAUUUUAUUUUAUUUUUUUAUUUUGGGAUAUUUUGUUUUUGUUCAAAUAGCUCCUGUACACCGAUGUGGACCAAUCAUAUAAUUCAAACCAUGGUAUGUGAUCUUUUAUUGUGCAAUAAAAGAUGACUUUCAACUUUCAAGUCAA